CGACUCUGGCGUUUGCUUCGCUUCGCUUCGCUUGUUGCUCCUUCCGUAGCCAUUUUGGCUCAAGCAAUCUUGACUCAGCCACUCUGGCUGUACUUAGGGUGGCUCGAGUGUUUGUAGCGCUCGGCGUCACAGUCCGUGCAAUCGAAUCAUAGCUUUCUCGUUCAUCCGUUUCUGAGAAGAUGGCGCGUGCUCUGCUGCUCGCCGGCCUGGCCUGGGCCCGCGCUGCGGCCGGGCUGACCUCGGCGGGCGACCCGGAGCCCGUGCCGCUGCGGAGGGGCACCUCGUCCACGCCGAUGGUGAGGUUGGACAGGGAAUUCUUCACGCACGCUGACGUGCCGAUCUACCCCCACCCGAAGCACGGUGACACAGGUGUGCAGCGGCUGCUGGAGCGGGAGCGGAGGCGUGCACCGACGCAGUCGGCGGUGCCUAUCUACCCCCACGCGGUCGAGACGCACCGGCUGUGGAUUCUCGAGCUGGUCAGCAACGCUACGGACAAGGAGGCACAGGUUCUUUGCCAGGAGGUCGAGAUCUGUGAGACGAGCUACCCAAAUUCGGGCGAGUUGCCAUUUGUGGUGGUGCGUUUGACACUAGAGGAACUGAAGGCGCUGCUGGAUAGAUACCCCGUUCUCGUGAAGUUUGCCGAAGAGGAUGUGUUUGAGACCAUGAACCUUGAGUUCAUCGAUGCAGACGAAAGCCCAUUGGAGCGGCGGACAUACCCAUGGGGCAUCCAGUCCAUCAACGCUGACUUGAGUCGGGGACGGGGCGUGGGGGUGAACGUGUACGUGCUGGACACUGGCAUUCGCACAACCCACGCCUCGUUCGGCGGCCGGGCCUUCGCUGGAGUGGACGUGGCCACCACGGGAAGUUUCACACAUUGCGCGCCGAGUAGCACAACGUGCGCUGCAGAUCGCCAUGGGCACGGCACCCACGUCGCAGGCACGGUGGGGGCCUCGACAUAUGGCGUCGCGGAUGGCGCGACCCUCUGGGCAAUGAAGGUUAUCGAUGAUCUUGGGUUCGGUUACGUCAAGUGGUCCCUUCUGGCCGAGCAGUGGGUGCUGUCGUCUGGUGCCAGGCCAGCGGUGGUCAGCAUGAGUGUCGUGAGUAUUGGCAGUAGCAUGGCGGAGAAGGACUCUAUCGACAGGUUGGUGGAAGAUGGCGUGACCGUGGUGGUGGCUGCAGGGAACCAGAAUACGGAUGCAUGCGACUACAACCCGGCUUGGAUCCCGUCAGCGAUCACGGUGGCAUCUUACGGCGGACCUGCAGGAUCGUCGCCCGCCAAAUCGUCUUUCAGCAACUACGGCAGCUGCAUCGAUGUCUGGGCUCCGGGCUCAAGCAUCCUCUCGACGUACCAUCUCAGCGACACUUCGUUGGGCACGUCGUCGGGUACUUCCAUGGCGUGUCCACACGUCUCUGGACUCGUGGCCAUAAUGUACGAGGCGUACCCAUCGGCUGGGUCCAUGAACGCUUCACAAAGAUGGAGUCUCUUGACGGCCACAAGCCGGUCUGGUUGGGUCACAGAGAUUCCUCAGAGUCCUCACAGUGUCAAUUUGGUGGCUGAGGCAAUCCCGCUGGCACCCUCGCCGACAACCUCGUUGACACCCUCGCUGACACCAGCACCGACUACCUCGAUGACACCAUCGCCGACACCCUCGCCGACACCCUCGCCGACACCCUCGCGGUCAACCUCGCCGAUCAACUUGCCGACACCGUCGCCGACACCGUUGACACCCUCGCCGGCACCGUCGCCGACAACCUCGUUGACACCCUCGCUGACACCGGCACCGACUACCUCGAUGACACCAUCGCCGACACCCUCGCCGACACCCUCGCAGUCAACCUCGCCGAUCAACUUGCCGACACCGUCGCCGACACCGUUGACACCCUUGCCGGCACCGUCGCCGACAACCUCGUUGACACCCUCGCCGACACCGUCGCCGAUAACCUCGUUGAAACCCUCGCCGGCACCUGCGUCGUCGCAAGCACCUUCGCCGGCAACAGUUACACCAGCAUCGCAAUCGGUCUCAGGCGUGGGAGACCCCCACCUCACCAACAUGUACGGCGAGCAUUUUGACAUCUACCGCACGGGCGUACACGUUCUUUUGCAAAUACCGCGAUGGGCUGGACCGCAGGAGACAUUACUACGCCUGGAGGCCGACGCUAGGCGCAUAGGUGACUCUUGCUCAGACUUGUAUUUCCAGGCAGUGGGAAUUUAUGGUCAAUGGACAAACCAGAGUCGCAAGUUUGAGUUUACCGCGAAGUAGCAUAACAAGCCACACAGUAUGAGGUGGACUCGGUUCGGCAAGGUCGACUUGAAGGUGGUAAACGGUCGCACUCGCUUGGGCAUCGACUACCUCAACGUCUUUGCCAGGAACAUUGCCAAGGUCAAACACCCAGUCGGCGGCCUCUUGGGGAUGGACGACCAUGGUGACGUGACCACUCCUCCGAAGGCAUGCAUCAGGCAGUUGGUUCUUCUGCAGAGGUAAGGUUCCUCGCAGCGCCAGGCAAGCUGCGCCUGACCAUGCUGACGCCGUCUGCCUAUGAAGUGAUUUGUUGCGCCGCCUGUUGCCCGCUAUGAGCGGCCAUGCGCUGACCAGCCUCGAGCAUUCUUCCCGAAGUCUGUCGUAAUCUUCCUUCGUCACUCUCUCUUAUUAUUCCGUUGCGGCUUGCGAUUGGCAUGUCGCACGGUUCACAUUUUGUACGUGCAGUGAUGGCCGGGCCGCACCAGUGGCGUCAUUGCGGUCUCGCACGAUUGGCACUGUGGCCCUUCGAUGUGCAUUGUGCACAUGCGGUCGCACUAGUUGUGUUGAAACGUGGUGACCGGCAUCGCAUGCAUUGGCAACCGCUGGCGCUUGCACUGGCGCCCGUCGCCGCCGGGGCUCCUCCUGCAGGGGCCCCCUCGGGCGACGUGCGCGGGACUCUUCCUCCUCCUCCUCCUCCUCCUCCUCCUCCUCUUCCUCCUCCUCCUCCUCCUCCUCCUCGUUUCCUCCUCCUCCUCCUCCUCGUUUCCUGCUGUUUCCACGGCACUGCGGGACUGGCAGCCGUCUCGGCGUGAGUCCCCCCGCAGUUGCCGUGACGUCAGCGGCGGGGCAGGCUGGUGGCGGAGGUGGCAGGAGGCGCCACCCAGCCCUGCCCAUUCCUCUGGGGGGAGGCGCCGUCCCCCGAGAGAGUACGGCUUGGCAGAAGCGUGGAUGUCAAACAA